UGUGACCGCCGACACCGGGCCUUAAAAUUCUCUCGGACACCAUGAAACCAGCCGUAACUUCUGCGCGCGGUGCAGUGAACAAAGCCGGCGUCGGGACGCGUAUUAUUUACGACCGACAGAACAGAUCUGACGCGUGUUUGCGCCGUGCGCCGUGAAUUCGGAUUUACGGCGAAAGCGGGUACAAGCAACACAUAAUUAAAAGUUGCGCCGAGGCCGCGGCGGCGCUCAGCGAGAGCUUAGAGACGAGUCUCCGGGAGUGGGAAGGCAAACUUUGAACAAGGGAAGCCGCAUGACACACCGGCACUCGGCGCAUGCUGUUUAAACUGACCCGUUUGUGGGGAAAAAAUCCUGGAGAGGGACAGAAGGCGGGCGGCCGACUCAUUUAGGAGCCUUGCUUUGGUGCUUUAAAAAUUGAUAACUUUUUUGUUCCUGCAGCCGGUGCUGCGAGUGCACCCACGUCGGGGCCUCGGGAAGGGGCGAACGGUGGCACGGAGAUUAGCCCGCGGCGGGACCCGGGCGACCUGAGCAUCAGCAGCGGGACAGCAGCUUGCGCACCGGAGUACAGACCCCGAGAAGCGGAAGCCGAGCGGAUCUGAGCCGAAUUUUUAUUGCGACCGAAAGUUGAGCGGCGCCUGGCGGACCGAACGCUCCCGUCCGCCGGCCACACCCUCCUCUUCUUCCUGAUACGGGGAGAUGCGGCCGGGGCGCUCCCGAGCGAGCGGAACACGACUUCUGCCCUGAAGGGAGGACGGGAGAGCGGGGGACAGGGAGAUUGCAGCGGGGACGACGGCGAUGCGGCCGUAAGAUGGAUAUCAAAAGCGAAAGCCGGCGGCUCGCUUUCUGCUGAGGACGCCAGAUAUGCAUGCGAGGCCGUGCGCGAAGAAGAAGAGGCCGAAGGGCCACGGGGCACCCUGCUGCCCGGCCAGGUCGCUGGGAUGACGACGUGGGGAAAGGCGCGGCCGAUCGGAGCUCCGCUGGUGGCCGGGGAUCGAGGGGCACGAAGCGGGCCGCCCCCUCCCCGGGCCGCACGGAUUAACCCCGCCGGCAAGUCUCGGAGCAGGUGUCUCUGAUGCAGCAGGCAAGGAGGCAACGCGAAGGACUGUCAUUUUUAAACCAAAACCCUUUUAGGAGCAAUUCCAAGAGACUUUUUACAGUAUAUAUAUAUUUGUCCACCAGAUAAUAGUUCUAAAAUAUUUUUGUCAAAUUAAUUUGCCCGAAUUAAGGCAUUCUAGAGGCACUGUAUUUUUUCUUACUGUUCAGACCAUUAUACCGAGGAUAUUACUACAUCUGAUUAAUACAAGUUGAACUGCCCAGUUCUGUUUAGUAAAUAGGAGCUAAGUGGUUGUUUUAGGGGGGCAGCUAAGGGCAUUCAAACAAGUACAUGUACCCUGUCUAGAAGUAAAUUAAUUUGUAGCAAGAUAAAUGGUAUUAGCUAAAGGGAUUUAUUUUAGUUACAUCCUGUUAUAACUGUUUGACAAAACGUUUCCUAACUGUAAAAGAGUGACUUACAAAAUAGAAAUCUUAAGCAUCCCCUCCACGACUCAGAUGAGCUUUGCCUUUUCUUGGGAAAUCCCACUUGUGGCAAACAAGCUUAUUGACUUUGAAAUAUUAUAAUACAUCUCACUUGUUUAAUUAGCUUGUGUUAAAAAUCAAUGCCACGGGACGAUUUCAAGGGUUCAAAUGUGUAGCAUGGUGUACAACUGUAUUCUAAAGAGAUUACUGCUUUUUUAGAUUCAGUUUUUGGCAGGCAAGGUAGCACCAUUUAACUGAAUGAAAAUGUCCUAAGGUACUGGCUGUGGAGUGAACGUCAAAAUUAAUCUUUGUAGAAACCCCAGAAUCUCUGACUGAGCACCCUACUAUGGCCAGUGGGGGCUCGGGCAGGUCUGGCAGUGAGAGUUGCAGCUCCCUGAGCGUUAGCUCCCAGCUGAGGAGAAGGUUGUCGUCUGUUUCCGACUCAUGUAAGGGCAAGAUGCAGCUGGUGGCCGACCUGCUGCUGCUGUCCAGUGAGACAAGGCCUGUCCUCACCAGCGAGGGGCUCUCCGUGGCUGAGACCUUUGAGCAAUGCCGGGACACGGUUAUCGCCCGCACCAAGGAGCUGUCCAUCCUGACACAUGACAUACAGAGCCAGCUAAAUAUGGGCCGCUUUGCCGAGGUGGGGGACCGUCUCCUGGAGAUGGGAGACCUAGUGGUCUCACUGACUGAGUGCUCUGCCCACGCUGCCUACCUGGCUGCCGUGGAGAUGCUAGGCUCCCAACCUGCCCUUCCGGGCCUAGUGGACCGCUACAAGGUGACACGCUGCCGACACGAAGUGGAGCAGAGCUGUAGCGUGCUCCGGGUCACAGCCCUGGCCGAGUUGACUCCCCAGCUCCUCCUGGAAGUGUCGCAGAGCAUCUCCAGAAACCUGAAGACGCUGACCGAUGCCUCGGUUCAGGCCAGUGAGAGGUCCAAGGACCGCUUCGCCAAAGAGCAGUUUAAGCUGGGCGUCAAGUGCAUGAGCACGAGCGCCACGGCACUGCUGGCCUGCGUGAAGGAGGUGAAGACGUCGCCCAGUGAGCUGACGAGGAACCGCUGCGUGCUCUUCAGCGGGCCGCUGGUACAGGCCGUGCACGCCUUGGUCGGCUUCGCCACGGAACCGCAGUUCCUGGGCCGGCCGGCCUGCGUGAGCCCUGAGGGCAAGGCGGUGAUGACAGCUGUGCUCGGCGGUGCCAUGAGUGUCGUUUCUGCCUGUGUCCACCUGACCCAAGGCCUCAGGGACAUUUCCCAGCUUCCAGAAAACAGCACCAAGAUGGCUGACUACCGGGAGCGCCUGCGGAACUCGGCAUCUGCCGUAUCGGAUGGCUGCAAUCUUCUCUCGCAGGCACUAAGGGAACGGUCUUCCCCACGGACUCUGCCGCCAGUCAACUCCCAUUCUGUGAAUUGAACCCUUCUGAGCGUAAGCACCCUCUCCUUCCUAACUGCAAUCCCGUAUGCCAAAGAGACUGGGUCCGUCCCUUUCCCAGGUCGCCUUGGGGCGGUCGGCAGACUUGAGGUGUUCUCACACUGGUUGUGAUUGAAUCCUUUACAAAAACAGCCCAGUGACCCUGGUGAAAAUCUGUUGUCGAUCCUCCCACCCUUUCCUUUUUUCGCCGGAAUAAGGAAUUAAACCCUGAAAAGUUUACCUCAGUUUCAGAUGGAUGUAGCCUCACUCGUUUGACCUAUGACACGGUGAUCCAUGGAAGUAAUUGAGCUGUGUAAAUGAGGUGGGGGCGGGACCGCCAUGCCCAGCGUUCUGAUCCAUGUGUGAAAUUUACCAGAUAAACGCUGCUGUCAGUGUUUCACACUAUUUACCAGAUUUACUAGUCUUUCUAAUGUGUUUUGUUCAUGCAUGUAUUGGAGUAUUUAUUUCAAAUAUUAAAAAUGUUGUUUCUCAUA